AUUUAAUUGCAACGUGGCUUCGAACACCCAAAAAACUAUCAGCACACCACUCAAUCAAAUCAAAAAACAGACCAACACAAACGAUGGAUGCUCUCUCAAAAGUCAUCGAUGGCUACGUCGACCAACUCAAAGCUACCUUCGAAGGAAAGAUCGACUUUGAAGGCCAAAGGAAGGCUGAUCAAUUGAACAACUUGAUCCUCUCACUCACAACUGUCAUCGCAUUGGUUGCUGGAUAUGCUUUGCAAUCGAUGCUGUUGACGUUUGGGAUCUACGGAGCUGGGUUUCUAACUGCUCUCCUGGUCGUUGUCCCCCCUUGGCCAUGUUACAACAAGAAUGCGAUCAGCUGGCUCCCUUCGUUGAAGAAACAGGGCAAGGUUAAAACCAAAUAGAUCGGAUCGAACUUCUGCGACCUCUAACCCGAUCCCUCUAAGGCUGCCUUAGACCACUGCUCUUCUUCUCAUCAAGCAUUGUUCUCUUCAAUCGUCAACUUUCGCUAGGUUUUUGUGCUUUUUUGCGAGUUGCUCAUUGUUUUUAAGUUGGAUCAACAUUUGUAACCCCCUGUGACAUCCUUGUUAAAUCAUAUGUCUGCCAUACCCUAACAUAUCCACCACUCGUGAUCGCACCUUCUCUUUUCUUUUCUUGUCAGUUUUCAUCAUAUUCCUCAGGGUGAUUCGAAAGAGACCUGUUUUCUCUCUCGGCUUAACAUGCUUAGAAAAGUCAUGGUGAUUGCUUCGCUUGUGAAGCCAAAAGCUAGCAUGUAGCAAGUUCGACUGCUUCAGAAAGACUUAGACUGCGUGAUGCCAGAGCCUGUGCCAAUUCGGGCCACUUCUUCGUAUCUCUGAUUCAAUGGGC